AUGAACAGGCUGAGGGAAAUAAAACAAGCUAAAGGUAUUGAGUUUCGCUACCUACCAUCCAAAGAAAAUAUAGUCGAUUUAGCCACAAGAGGUUGUACUCUUCAAGAAUUAGUGAAGAACCAGCGGUGGUGGAAAGGACCUCACUGGCUAAGUUUUGUGGAAGAAUUCUGGCCAAAAGAAAUGACCUAUGAGGAUUUAGAAAGCGAAGAAGAAUGGAAACAAGAACAUCAAAUAGAAGUGUUAAACAUAAGUAAAAAGCAUUUAUGGAUUAAACUCUCUGAUUUUUCAAGUGGUGGUUAUAUUACUGCAAUGGAACAACGGACAGCAGAAUAUUUAUUGGUUAGACUAAAACAACAGCAGUUUUUUAGCGGGCAAAUUACUGCUGUAAAGAAAGACAAACGGGACAAAUUGAAGGAUCGAUUAGGUCUUUAUUUAGAUAAUCAAAUACUCCGAUGCGCAGGCCGUUAUCAGUCCUUGCAGAUGCCUGAGGAUAAGAAAUAUCCAACGUUAAUAAGCCAUCAAGGGAAGCCGUAUGCGUUGUCUAGAAUGCCACCUUUACCUACCUUCGAAGGUAACAGUUGUAGACCUUUUGAAAUAAUUGGACUCGAUUAUUUCGGCCCAGUUUUAGUCAAGCGUUUUAUUGCAUUAAGAAGUCAACCAAGAAUAAUAUAUUCCGAUAAUGCUACACAAUUUAGAGCAGCAAAUAAAACUUUGGCGCAGUUAUGGAAUAAGCUCAUUGUAGACCAGGAGCUUUGCACUUACUAUGCAAAUCAAGGAAUAAUUUGGAGGUUUAUCACCGAAUACGCACCUUGGCAAGGAGUCUACUACGAACGAACGCUGAUCUAUGAGGUUGUAGCUAUUGUGAAUUCAAGGCCGUUAACUUAUGUUUACGAUGAGCCAACUUCGCCUAUAAUUAGACCUAUGGAUUUCUUACAGUUAGGAGGGCCCACUGGUCUAAUACCAGUUGGAACUUUUGAAGACCCUGAUUAUAUUUUGCCCCAAGAAGGAAAGGAAUUGUUCAAUUUGUACAAAGGGAAUUUAGCAUUAACAGACGCUUAUUGGGAAGUAUUCAAAGAAGAGUAUUUGUUAAGCGAGGAGAAUGGAAAAUGGGGCGGAUAA